AUGCUACCGCCCAUCGUCCAUUCAAGUCCCUCCAAUGCUAGAAAGGACGAAACCGAUAGCCGUUCCGUUAACAAACGCCUAAACUCCGGCGCCGCAUCACAGGUCGACCCCUAUGCUUCCGCGUUUUUGCACGACCAGUUGGGGGAAGCAAAAUGGAACACGUUUUAUGCACGGUUGUUCGAACGUAGACUCGGUCCUAUCAAGUCAAAGAUGCGAGUCAAAACCAAAGGCACCGGAGGUGGUGGACUUAGUACUUCCAGUCCAGGCGCCACAGCAAUUGAUUUUCUCAUCAAAGUCGAAGUUGUCAAAGAAGUGCUGCGCACCUACGUCCCACAUCCGUAUAAUCCGCUCAAGUCCCUAACACAUGUAUUUCCGGGCUCUCCGUCAGGAUCUGUUACGUUGACCCGCUCCACCAUCCUAGUUCUAUCUGGUUGGUCCAACACGCAGUUUUCGUAUUGGGCUCGUCGCUCUGAAGGUAUCUCUGUCCUAAGAGAUCACGACGAGCGUCUGCAGUCAGUUGCAGUCGCCCUGGAAAAGCGCUUGAGGCAAGGCGGGGUGCUCCAAGAUUUACCUGAUGACGACGCCCUCAAUUCCCUUACCUAUGGUCACGUGGCGGAGUCCUCACCAAACGUCACCGGCAAAGGUCUUGACAUCAUCAUUGAGGAGGUAAAGAAACGUACUGGACUCAGUCCAUUCCUUCGUGGGAAACAUUCUUCCCUUGAUCCGUUUGGUUCUACCAACAGUGACAAGGAUACAGGACCAGGCCCUCCGUCUGGCCCUCCUUCAGGACCUGUGUACAUGCCAACCUUCCAGGCAAUGGAGUAUUCUCAUUCUCCUCCGGUAUCUUCGGAACCUCCUCGUCGGCCCAAGAAAAAGAGGCGAACGAGCGCUACUGAGUCAAUAUCUUCGCAUGCCGGUUCUAGCGUGACUCAUGCGGAGCUAGUGGCUAGCUCAGGUCAGUUGGGAUACACGAUGGAGUCAGGUGUCAAAUCCGACGUAGCGAAUAUGAUGUCACCUGAUGCGGUGGCGUCACCAGCUUCGCUCUCGGUAUCACGUCCGCUGCCUCGGUCUCUUGGCGUCAUGGAUGAUCCUAUUGGUGCCUAUCAGCUCCAGACCAAUGUAAUGGAUGAUGCUGUGGAGAGCACCAACAGGGAGUACUUUCCUGUAUCGGAUUCUCGUUCUGACUUUGAUGAGUUACGACACAAGCGGCCAUUUUCGUAUUCUGACCUUUCCAUGGAGACGCGACAGAGGCUCAGCGUCUAG